AUGGCCAUUGUCCAGGGACAAAUUCCAUCAUUAAGAUGUGAUAACGAAUGCAAACAAAAAAUAAAAUUCAAUUUGUCGGUAAAAGAAACAGAUUUACGACUUAACAACAUUUCACUUCAUUUCUCUUUCAAAAGAUUAGAACCGCCUGGGGAAAAAGAACUGGCUGGGAUCACAAUGCUUGUCUUAAUUAACGAAGGUGGGAGAAAAAUACCAGAAAAUCUUUCAUCAAUGACCUCAUCUCAAACUGAUGCUAUUGCUAUGGUCGGAAAGACGCCCCAAACAAAUAUUCACGUCAUAUGA